AAUCAAUCUACAUUUAUAACAUUUAAUGAUAAGAAUCAAUCUGCAUUUAUAACAUUUAAUGAUAAUAAUCAAUCUGCAUAUUUAACAUUUAAUGAUAAGAAUCAAUCUGCCUAUCUAACAUUUAAUGAUAAGAAUCAAUCUGCAUUUCUAACAUUAAAUGAUAAGAAUCAAUCUACAUUUAUAACAUUUAAUGAUAAGAAUCAAUCUGCAUUUAUAACAUUUAAUGAUAAUAAUCAAUCUGCAUAUUUAACAUUUAAUGAUAAGAAUCAAUCUACAUUUAUAACAUUUAAUGAUAAUAAUCAAUCUGCAUAUUUAACAUUUAAUGAUAAGAAUCAAUCUACAUUUAUAACAUUUAAUGAUAAGAAUCAAUCUACAUUUAAAACAUUUAAUGAUAAGAAUCAAUCUGCCUAUCUAACAUUUAAUGAUAAGAAUCAAUCUGCAUUUCUAACAUUAAAUGAUAAGAAUCAAUCUACAUAUCUAACAUUUAAUUAUAAGAAUCAAUCUACAUUUAUAACAUUUAAUGAUAAGAAUCAAUCUACAUUUAUAACAUUUAAUGAUAAGAAUCAAUCUGCCUAUCUAACAUUUAAUGAUAAGAAUCAAUCUGCAUUUCUAACAUUUAAUGAUAAGAAUCAAUCUGCAUUUCUAACAUUAAAUGAUAAGAAUCAAUCUACAUAUCUAACAUUUAAUUAUAAGAAUCAAUCUACAUUUAUAACAUUAAAUGAUAAUAAUCAAUCUGCCUAUCUAACAUUUAAUGAUAAGAAUCAAUCUGCCUAUCUAACAUUUAAUGAUAAGAAUCAAUCUACAUUUAUAACAUUUAAUGAUAAGAAUGUGCAUUUCUAA